UUCAUUGUACUGUCAAGAUUUACUAAUUUUGAAUACUCGAGUGAAAUAUUAUUCUUUAGUCUCAACCAAGAGUUCAUACACAAAAUGUCGCUGAGAUUUGAUUGGUAUCAAUCCGAGACCAAGGUGGUCAUAACAGUACUCUUAAAAGGCGCCAUUGAAAAAAAUUAUAACGUCAAGAUUGAAACACAAAAAGUACAUAUGACUGCAGAUGGACAUGAAUUGAUCCUAAAUCUUCUGCAUCCCAUUGUUGUGGAUCGGUCCUCACACAAAGCUUUUUCUACAAAAGUGGAGAUCACAUUGGCAAAGGAAACUGGUGUGCGCUGGGAAAGUCUUGAACAGAAGGCCGAAGUGGUGAAAGAAGUGGCCAUUCGCCAGGCAAAGAACUGGGAUCGUUUAGUCAGCGAAGAGGAAAAACUUGACGAGAAGGAGGCAAAAGGCGAAGCCGCUUUAAACCAGCUAUUCAAAAAGAUCUACAGUUCGUCCUCACCGGAAGUUCAAAAGGCCAUGAAUAAAUCGUUUUCUGAAUCUGGCGGCACUGUAUUAAGCACCAACUGGAACGAGGUUUCCAAGGAAAAGGUCACUGUCAAGCCGCCUGAAGGCACCGAAUUCCGCCAGUGGGACAAGUGAAAUACAUGAAAGUCCCGCAAAUUCAUAUCCAUUAAGAAGCCUAAAGCCUAAAUAUAAUUAUUUACAGACGCAGAAAUGAUUAUGUUAAU